AUGCAGCAACAAAGUGCUGUGAUCAGAAUACAAAAUAAGUAUACACCUAUACAAGUAAUUAAAUUGGAAUGGUUUGAGCCUCCAAUCAGAAAAUUUGAGAGGACUACAAUUACUAAUUUAAGUGUGAACUCGAAACUGCUUUGGAUCCAUGUUGCUGCCUUAUGUUUCCUUUUGUUUGCUAGUUGGACUGCUGUGCGAGCUAUUUUUCUAAAUCUUAGAUUGUUCAGAAAAGGUAGUUUGGCUAAACGCACAAUCAUUAUAAAAGGGAUAGAAAGAAAAUAUUUAACAUCAGAGGCGAUUGAAACAUAUUUUAAAGAACAUUAUCCAAAAUAUGGAAUUGAGGAUAUCAAACUAGUUUAUAACUACCGAGAACUUUUGAAACUGGACAAAAACCUGUAA